UAUGUACCAACAAAUAUUAGAUUAGGUAUACAUCCUCAGAUCAGAUUGCCUCUAAAUUAAAAGGGAAACUAGAAUCAGAAAUAAUUUUGAACAUACACCCGAUUUGUGGAAGUUUAUGCCUACGUCGAGUAAUUGUGUACAGUUUGAGGUUGAACCGGAUAAGUAAAUUAUUCAUCUUCGAAAAGAUGAAUCCAUUGAUUUUCGCUUUUUUAUGUUUCUUUUUCACCGAAGUGCGAUCGGAAAUAGCUUUACUUUUUAAUUUUCGCGACGGAAAAUUCUAUUCUGGUGACCUUGAAGACAUCCCGCUCAAUGACACCAUUAACCGUAGGUGUGCUAUUGAAAAUAAAUAUGUAGCCGCAUGCCCUGCUUCCAGCCCUCUAGAGCAUCAAUUCAACAGAGAUGUCUCGUUGACCAAACAAAGCGUAUUCUCGCGGUUAAUUUUGUGGAGAAAUGAACCCCCGACAGAGAGUGAACUUGAUUUUUGUGAGAAGUCGUAUGAACCUGGGAUGAUUUAUAAUUCACAAAGGGCAGAGUAUGAAAUUGGAUAUGAGAUGUAUUUGUUCGGAAACGAGAUCAGAUUUGUAGGUCCUAGAUAUAAUUAUCAUCAUUGUAAAAUGGUGAAUACAAAAAAACCUCCGUAUAAAGUUGUGGAUCAAACAAUAUUCAAUGACACCUCUGAAUUUGUAAUUAGAUACGAAGAUCGCCCCCAUAUUAUGUUCAAUUUCACCAAUGGAUAUCCGACUUUGGGUUUUUAUUGGAUAAAUGUGCUGUCUAUAAAAUCCUCAAAAAACAACAAACAUGCGAAAUUUAGAAAUUACGACGAUGUCAACUUUGUAAAUGUGAAUGAAGAAUGCAAAAAUUAUCGACCAGUUGAUGAAAAAUUGUAUUCACAGGAAAAUCAGGAAAAGUGUUUGAAAGACAUUUUAGUGCCUUCGUCCUCAUUUAAAGAAACCUCUGAUCUGUCUUGCGGGCAACCUUACGGAUGUUUAACACCAUCGCAGAUAAUUCCACUGUGGCAUUUCUAUUUGCGCACAGAGAAGCUUGCCAGUUGUUCGCAUUUAAACUUAAUACCGGCUUGGAAAAGCAUCGCAGAUGGAAAUUUGAGGAGAGUCGAUCUUUUUGUAGCCGCAAUUAGUAAGGAUUAUGUUAGUGAAGUCAUUUUUGGUGUAAAUGGAGUAUUGAAAAUGAUGGCAGGCCUACCGGGUGACUGGCGAAAAAUGUAUUUAUCGGAUACUAAAGGGGAUCGUGUCGUGGAAAUUCCAAAAAUAAUUUAUCGAAUUAUUAAAUUCAGAGCGUUAGAUACUUGUAAUAAUCAUAUUGCAGUAAUUGUAAUCCAUAAUGAUCCAAGCGGUAUCCGAGACACUGACAGACUUUGUGACAAAAACGAUACUCUUAUUCACACUUGGGAUAAAAUAAUCAACGAUGAUCCAAAAACUGGCUUAACUUACGUUUGUCCGAUGACCACAGAUCUUGAAAAAAAAUUAGACGUCAAUUGUUGCGGCAUAAAUAAACUCAAUUUGGCGGAAGUUCCUCAUGAGCAUUCAUUGCACUCUGGGGAGUGGGGUUUGGAGGAUAGACAGAAAUUUAUCAAUUCGAACUUUGAAAAAUUUUUAAACGAGAGUCCCAAGUGAAAUGAAAACUUGAUAAAAAUUAUUGAGGGUUUUAUUUUUAUUGACCUAUUCUACCUUUUUUUCUUAGUUAGGCUCAAAACGUUGACAUUUUUUGACAAUUAUUAAAGAAGGUGUCUACUUGCAUACGUGUGAAUAUUUUUUCAGCCUUUAAAAAAUCUAUUGCAAACAAUCUACUUUCCGUUUGCCCUUUAGAGAAAAGUUGUAGAUAGGUGCCACCUUAAAUCAAAAAUCAAAAAUUCGCACUUUUUUCUUUUAUCGUUUUCUGCCAUGCUUUUCUUCAACAUUUCAAUCUUUGAAAAUGGAAUUUAAAAUGAAAAGUGGAGAAAUACAAUUUGCUGGCUGAUUCUUGGAAAAUUCUCGAUUUCGCUCGAGUCAACUUGGGCGAAAGCUUUUGAAAAUUUACAUUUUUAAGCCCAUUUCCGAAUUUCGUACUUUUUUUGUAAUUUUUUUUCGGCCGAUAUAGACACGAAAUAUCUCUGUCUUUCAUAAAAAUUCAACAAAAAUUGAAGAAUCCACUUCGGCAGCUAAAAUAAAAAAUUUUAAUUUGGUUGAUCACUGUAUUUCAACUUUGUCCAGUUUUAAAAAAUGACCAUCAGAAUUAAUCUACUUAUAUGUAUACCUAUGUAUUUCCUUUAGAGAACACAUUUCAGAGCUACUAUCUUUAAUCAACUUUGU